GCCAGCGGCGGCGGAGCGCGGCACCACCGCGCCGAUCCCCCCCGCCCCCCGGCUUCGGAAACUUCCCCCCGGCGGCGGCGGCGGCGGCGGAGCGCGGCUCGGCUCUAAUACACUAAGGUCUCAGCAGCCGGUCAAGUCAGGAUUGCUGCCCCCAGCCUCCCACCUCGGUCUCGACAUUGGGGGCGACUAAGGGAUCUCACCACAGCCAGCGGCCUUUCCAAGAGGAGCUGCGCAGCCCACCGAAAGCCUAGCCGAGUUCUGAGAGUCCAGCCACUAGCCUCCUCUUUCCUCAGAUUCUGCCCUUGAUUUGCCAGCAGUUUGGGACACCCAAGCAACUGGCUGGGGCCCCCGGGCUCCCCAAUCACCUCGAAAAACAAUACCCCAGCACAUGGGCUAGGGGGAAGAAGGAAACCCUGCCCCUCAGUCACCUCCCAUCCUCCUGCCUCUGGGUGUUUGGUGUCUCUCCCUCCCUUUAAUUCCAGCUGUAGCAAUCUGGAAGGACAAUCCCCCCCUCUCCUCAAUUUGUAACAUCCCAGAGAUCCAGAACACCCUUCCAAAUUCUCAGGACAUCUUCCCCUGGCGCAAGGCUCACACUGGCCUUGGACUCGCUUUCCUCUGAGUUUUCCUCCUCUUCUCUGCUCUGCAAGAGAACUUGACAAACAGCGGAAGAGACCUUAGCCCCCUGAAAACACUGAAUUAUCCGAUCAACUUUAUUGAAGACCUUGUGAUCAAAGGGUCACAUUUCCUUCCCUCAGAGAAGACAGUCUUUCUUCUUUCCUCUCCAGAAUACCCCAGUGGGAUCAGGAGCUGCUGAACCCACUCUCUUGGCCUGGAGAAUUAGCCUUCCUCCCUGUACCCCACCCCCAGGAAAAAAAAUUGAUUCUUUGCCUUACAGAGAACUUUGAGUCAGAAAAGGGACUGGAAAGAAGGUCCUUGGAUAGUCCCCCUCCCACCCUCAGGACCUCAGUGAAGUGGUCCCUGUAAGCUGGCAUCUCCCUCAUACCACUGGAGAAUCGAACUUGUGAUUCAAGGUGACAACCUCUCCCCUCUCCCCUCCCCCAGUUGUGGGAGCAGGAAGGGCCAGGCUGCUGGACCACCUAGAGUGGAGGUGGGAGAUUAAGGCCCUAGGAGGUGGCAGGAGUGAAGGUUGUGAGUGGAGGGAGUGGUGCUUUUGAAGUAUUCUUGGGGCUACCAAGUUCAUUCCUAAAGCUGCUCUGUGGGAAAGGGAAGUGUGGUAGCCAGGCUCAGGCCAGGAGGGAAAUCCCUCAGGGCUUCUUGAGGGAGGAGGUUUCCAUUUGCCCAUGAGAUCGGUUGGCAGCUGUGUCCUAGACCCAGAGUGGCUUUCUUCGUUUGGGGGUUUGCACCUCUGUCUCUUUUUAAAAUAGCAAAAAGUUGUCUUCAGUCCUAUCACUAUCUUCCCGUUUGCUACCAACCCUCUGCUGCCCCCACACAUACCUACACACACCUUCAACUUAGCCAUGCUCUCUGACUCCUAGGGCUGUUCUGAGAGGGGGCUGAAGAAGAAAUAAAAAUGGCCCCUACCUCUCAUCCUUCCCCUCUCCUCUUACUUGCUUGAGAGACAGACAGAUAGACAGAGCCUGAGGAGAAAGAGAAAGAACCGGCUCUGACCCCUGUGUCAUGUACACAUCCAUCCUUGGCCCCUCUGAAAAGAUCAGGGGGGAGCUCAGUAAUUAUCUUUCCUCAUGGAGGGGCUUGGAAGGUCACCCCUGUGGCUGAGCAGAGAACUGGCUGCCCCCCAGCCUCAGCUGCUCCUUCUGGACUGCCGGAGCAGGGAACUGUAUGAGUCAGGCCACGUCCAGGGGGCUCUUAGUGUAGCCCUCCCAGCUCUGCUGCUUCGGAGGCUGAGGAAGGGGAACUUGUCGGUGUGCUCUCUGCUCCCCAGCCCGCUGCAACAGCAGCGGCAGCAGCAGAAGCCGCCACUACCCCCUCUACCCAUCCUUCUGUAUGAUGAAGGCCGAUGUGUCGAGGAGGAGGAAACUGAGGCAGCCCAGUCAGUGCUAGCCACCCUGCUCCAAAAGCUACAAGAGGAAGGCCACCCUGCCUACUACCUACAAGGUGGCUUCAGCAAGUUUCAAGCUGAGUGGCCACACCUCUGCAAAACAAAGCUUGAUGCCCCCUGUGCCAGUAACUCACUAGUGCCUGUUCCAGCACCUGUGGUGGGCCUGGGAGGCCUGUGCCUCAGUUCAGACUGCUCAGAUGCUGAAUCAGACCCAGACCGGGACACACUGAGCUACAGUCUGGAGUCAGAGGGUGGGAGCUCUCCACCACCAGGACACCCUCCAUCCUUCCCUGUUCAAAUUCUCCCCAACCUCUACCUGGGUAGUGCCCAGGACUCAGCCAACAUGGACACGCUGGCCAAGCUGGGUAUCCGCUACAUCCUCAAUGUUACCCCCAACCUGCCCAAUCUCUUUGAAAAGGACGGUGACAUCCAUUACAAGCAGAUCCCCAUCUCUGACCACUGGAGCCAGAACCUCUCUCAGUUUUUCCCAGAGGCCAUCGACUUUAUUGAUGAAGCUGUGUCCCAGAACUGUGGGGUGUUGGUCCACUGCCUGGCUGGCAUCAGCCGCUCCGUCACCGUCACCGUGGCUUACCUGAUGCAAAAGCUUCACCUCUCGCUCAACGAUGCCUACGACCUGGUGAAGCGGCAGAAAUCCAACAUCUCCCCCAACUUCAAUUUCAUGGGGCAGCUUCUGGACUUUGAGCGCAGCUUGAAGCUCAGGGGCGAGGGGCCCAGGGACCAGAGGGAUGGAGAGGGAGUGGGAGGGGACCAUCCCCCAACCCCUCCCUGUUUCUUCACCACACCCACUGGUGAAGGUGUCUUUGAACUGGACUCUACCUAAGGAAUGGGUCUGGGAUGGGGGUUGGGGUGGAGGUUAAGGACCGCUAUCCAUUGAGAAUUGCUUGCCCCCAAACCCAGGGGACUCCACCGAAGUUGGGGGAACCCCAAUACCUCAUAUGAAGAGACAAGAGCUAAGAACCCAGAACCUUUUGCCAUUUCCUACUCCCUUUAAUGUGGUGAAAGGGGAAAGACCUUUUGUAUCCACUUGAAAAACCAAACUUCAGCAAGAAUCUGAACGUGCCUAUCGACCAGGUAUUGACAAUAAUGUUGAUACUGCUGCCCCACCCCACUCCUGGAGUCCCCUCCAUUGGAAGGUGGCGCCAUUCUGGAUGCCCUGCCUCUUCUGUGACUGGAGGGUCGGAGUUGGGAGUCAAUUCGACAGUCCAAGGCAGCGUGCACUUCUGAAGUGCCUGCUCGGUGCGGCUCUGCCGAGGUUGGGGCUGGGGUCGCCUUAGAAGUGGAGUUUUUCCAACCGUGCCGGUUCUCCAAGCCCUGUCUUGGGGCUCCUUAAUGACUCAGGCGACGAACCUGUGACCUAGAACCGGCACCUCCUUCCUCCCCGCCCCCUUCCUCUUCAGGAAAGCCCCCGAGCCACCUCAAGAUACAGAGCAGCAGCAGGCUGUGGACAAAGUGAGCCCCACUGAAGAGGUUAAACCUCCCACUUCAGGUGGGUCAUGCCACGCAAUACCAGGUCUAGAACCUGGACCUUCAAGACCCAGGUCAGGAAAAUCCACUUCUAUACCUUGUCCAGAACUUUCUGUUUGAGAGCCAUACUUUUUCCCCUAAAGAGGCCGGCUCUUGGGGUAUCUGGGACUCAGAUCUGAAACCUGCCACUCUAGAACUGAGAUGCUCUAGGCCCCACAUCACCAUGCCAUACCUCAGCCAUCAACUUGGUGGUGGUUUGUGUGUGUGUGUGUGUGUGUGUGUGUGUGUGUGUGUGUGUGUGUGUGCAUAUGUGUGUGUGUUUUGAGAAGGGUGAGGGGAGUGUGGGCAUGGUGCUACACCAGGAGGGUUUCCUGUGGGGAAUUCUGGGCACCAGAAAUGGAAUAGCUAUCAGAGAAGGGAUGUCCAUGUAUUUCAUUUUUCAUGGGGGUAGGCUGGAAGGACGCUGGGGGAGUUGGGCAGUGGAGGGGAUGGGGGAGUAGGAGCUGUGAGUCUGAUUCCAGACCCAACAUCUGGCUCUCUAUUUAUAUACUAGAUGUUUUCAAAGAGGUUGUUUUUCGUUUUUUUUUUCUCUUCCCCCAGAUAUGUCUUAGAGGGGGCAAUUGGAUAGGGGUCUCUUUGAAACUGUGGCUAAUUUGGAAUGAUAUUUCUAAGCAGGCAGGUCAGGAACUUUUCUGGGGAGAGAGAGAAUUGGUGAAAAAUCAGUGGUGACAAGGAGAACAGAGUCCACGGACAGUGUUGUUGGUUUGAUUUUUUCGUUUUGUUUUGUUCUGUUUUUUGGAUGGGAGGAAGGAGUGCUUAAGACACACACACUCACACAUACACAUACAUACGCAGAGGCUCACACAUAUACAAACGUACCUAGGCGUGCACACUGUGAACAGAAACAGACAUACAGUCUCGUACACACAGUGUUGGGGCCAGGGCAAAACCAGCAGGCAUGGGUGGUGCCAGCCAUGGGCUUCAGCUGAGCCUUCUCACCCUCCCAUAUGGAAGAAGGGACAUGGCGCUUGGUUUCUUUAACAAAUUGGCAGAUUUAAUUAGUAAUAAACAUUUUAUGGAGGAAAAAGGAAACAAGGAAGGCACCAUUUUUAUUAUGCUCGGGGAGGAAGGUUUGUGGUGAAGGGCAAGGCUGCUGGGGAGGCAGACCUGUAUUCUAAUCAAAAUCUUCAUUCUCAAUUUCAUCCACACCUGGUUUUCAGUAAUGAUCAAUAUUAUUGUCUAUUUCAAUCAGUGUUGUCAGAAGCAUCAUCGUGGAUAUAAGCUAAGCUUCUUCGAGUCCCAGAUUCCCAGCUGCUUAUUGUGUUUGUUUUAGCACCAAGGCUUUGUUCAACUUGGAAGGAACCUUCUAGUGGUGUGCCCUAAGGCUCUCUCCUUGAUAUAUUAAAAAUAAUUGACAUUUAUACAGCACCUUCAAGUUUGCAAAUUGCUUUAUUUACAUUCUGUCAUUUGAGUCUCACAACAUCGCCAGACAUUAUUCUCCCCGUUUUGCAGAUGGGGAAACUGAGGCUCAGAAAGUUGACACAAUUUGCCUAUACUUGUACAGUGGAGCAUCAGGGGCCAGACAUAACCCAGGUUUUUCCUGAUCCCAAGUCUAGCACCCUAACCACUAGAUUCUCUCUCCUGUUCUUGCCCCGGCCUCUUUUGAACCUUUUUUAUCCAUGGCUUGGAUAUAGGUAUGGAUAGCAUGUUUAUACAUUUGUAGAUUUAUAUGAAAUUGGGAAGGGUAGCCCACAUGUUGGGUGGCACAGCCAGGAUCCAAAAAAAAUUUUAGCAGGCUAGCAUGAUAGGUUGACUUUAAUAAGAUGAAAUUUAACAGGCAUUUACUAUGUAACCCAUUUACUAUGGCUCAACAAGUAAAUCACACAAAUAUAACAUGGGGAAGAAAUGGUCAGAUAAUAGUUCUUAUUUAAAAAAAGAAAAGGAAAAAGGAGUGCAGUGGAUACAGGGCCUCAGUAACUUGAUCCAUAAAGUGGGGAUAACAAUAGGACCUACCAAGGCUUUGGUUGGUAUGUAGAUAAAAUAAGAUAAUAUUUAAAGAUAAGAAAACAACCAGAGGUUCUUAAGUGAAUUGCAAGCUCAAAAUGAGUCAACAGUGUGAUAAUACAACCCAAAACACAAUAUAGUCUUGGGCUGCAUUGACAGAAGCAUAGCAUUAGGAACAUGGGAAGUGGCCAUCCCAUUGUGUACUGUUUUGGUCAGAACAUGUCUGACUUGUGGUCAGUAAUGUCCUUCACAUUUUGGGAAGGAUACUGACGAAAUUUGGGGUGUAUCCAGAAACUGGUGACCAGGAUGGUCCAUAUGGUAUGUGAAAUGCUUUGAGGAAAUAGUAGGCAUGUCUAGACAUUGUCCAGACAAUCUAGAAGAUUGAGACGGAGCCUGGGGGAACGUGAUUGAUGUCCUCAAGUAUUUGAAGCACCAUUAUGUGGGAGAAGGGAUCAGAUAUAGGAUCAAAAGUCAAAUGCUGGGGCAGCUAGAUGGCACAGUGGAUAGAGCACCGGCCCUGGAGUCAGGAGUACCUGAGUUCAAAUCCGGCCUCAGACACUUAACACUUACUAGCUGUGUGACCCUAAGCAAGUCACUUAACUCCAAUUGCCUCACUAAAAACAAACAAACAAAAAAAACCAAAAAAAAAGUCAAAUGCUAAGAGACCUGAUAGUUCAUCUAAUUCAAACCUUACUUUUUUUUAGAUGGGGAAAAUUAGGCUCAGGAAAGUUCAUUGAGUUUCACAGGUUCACAGCUAGUAAAUGCAGAGCCAGGAUUUGAAAUAAAGGAAUUGAGGUCCAUCCCUCUUAGUACUUAGUUCUAGACAGCGCCACCAGAAGCAAUGGGAAAACAUUGCAAAGAGACCUACUGAGAUUUGAUAUCAAGAGAAACUUGCUAAGAAGUGAAAUGGGCUGCCUUGGGAAGCCUCUCCUCAGAGCUCCCCAAAUAGGGCCUAAAAGACCAUGGAUAAUAAAGGGAGACCCGAAUAUUCGGGAUGGUAAAGAGAAGGUUCCUGAUUGGGUAGCAGGUUGGCUGGAUGACCUUAGGAUGACCUCCAAUUUGCAUAUUCUGUGAUUCAGUGGAAGCCUUCAAACAGGGGGCCAGUUGUAGCCCAAUGAGCAGUAUGUCUGUUACCUGAGGACAAGCCCAGUUAAGUUCAAAGACUUAGCACUAAAUUUGAUCAUGAGGGAUUGACUUUUUCAGUCCCAUUAACUUUCAUAGCUUCGGACUGAAACCCUCCAAUGAAGAAAAAAAAAGAAAACCUCCAAUGAGAGAGAACCUACCAACUUCCUGGGCAGCCUAUUCCACCUCAGACAAGUCUAAUUGUUAGGAAGUUUUUACUGACAAGCUAAAAUUGACCUUUCUGAAGCUCCCACCUUUUAUUCUGACUUCUUCCCUCUAGGGCUAAGCAGAAUGAGUCAGAUCCAACAUGACAGCUCUUCAGAUAAUUCAAGAUAGUUCUCUUGUCACCGCCCCCCCCCCAAUCCUCUCCACGCUCAAAGUCCCCAUUGUUUCCCACCAAUCUUCACAUUGAAUAACCAUGAGGUCCUUUGCCAUCCUGGUUGCCCUUCCUUCUUCUCUCUCCAAUUUGCCAAUGUCCUUUUGAAAAUGUACCCUCCACAAAGAUAGCAAGGUCCCAUAUACCUGAAAAUAUUUAUACUGAUGCUUUUUUGUAGUAGCAAAGACCUACAAAGUAGAUACCCAUCAAUUGGGGAAUAACUAAAUAAGUUACAAUGCCUAAAUGUAA